GGAUGAGAUGAAGAUUACGAAAGGAUAAUGCCUUUGAGGUCUUUGCUUAGGUAUUUGUUGAAUAAUGAGCAGAUUGUUCAAAAGAUAUCUGAGAGUUACCCCAUUCGUAGAGCAGCACAGUUAACAACUUUUUUGUUUCAUAAAGGUCAAGAAAUAGGUCAUGAAAGUUUGGAAAAACUAAAAGAUGCUGAUUUACUGAAGAAGAUGCAAGAUGAUACACUCAAAGCUGGGAAAGAAUGGACAGAAGGUGCCAAAGGUGCUCAGAACAAAUUAAACUCUUUUCGAGAAACCUUCAAAAAAGAGUACGAGGCAGGGAUGAAAGAAAUAGAAGAAAAACAGAAGAAGAAAUAAAACUUAACAAGAAAUAAGUCACGUAAAAAUUAAAUAUAGAUUUUAUGAUGAAUUUUUUGUAUAUACCGGUAGUAUGUUUGCAAUUAAAGACAGUUAAAGU